UGCUUGGCGGAAUAGUUUCAGUGACGAACCGCGACUUAAAAAUGGCCUACAGUGAUGUCGGUAGCUAGCUAUGUUAGCUUAACUGAUGGCUAGCUACGUGGGUAAUUAUUAUUUCGCGAUAUACAUUUGGGCUAAUAUGAGUGCUGGAUUGCUUUGGUAGUGUCAUAUUAAGUCAAGACUGGAACUAGCUAACAAUGAAAUGAUCAGUGGUUUUUUUUAUUACAGUAUCAUCCAGUGUGAUCUGUGACCUGGCGCCAUGGUGCUGAAGAUUUUCUUUCCCCGGUGCUGCAACAUGGCGGACAGCGGCCUCCUCAUUGGCCACUGGCUCCCGGGUCAGGACUCGGCCGUGGUCCUGGCCGUUGUCCACUACCCUUUCAUCCCAGGACAGGUGAAGAGGUACCUCAGCCAGUUGCAGAAUGAGAGCCGGGUGGAGCUGGCUGUGCUGGGCUCCUGGAGUAUGCCAAAGGAGGGCCAGGAGGGGAUGGAGAGCUUCCUGAGGGACCUGAGCACAAUCUUCCCCCGCGGCCGCUGGCUGCAGCUCAGCCGGGAGAUGGGCAAGAGAGGCUUCACCUGUCAGGUGGUCCACAGGGAUGGCGAGCUACCCAGAGGGGAAGGCGAAAACUGCAAAGGCGAUAAUGGAGACGGGGGAGGGGUCAUCUUCAUCCACUAUGACCAGCGCAAGGUGAUGCUGUCCCAGCUCCACCCACUCGAGGGAGGGGAUGGGGGCGUGGCCACUGUGAUGGGAGCGGAGCCAUCGGAGCUUCGCCUGGUUUUCUCGACGGUGGCGCAGAGCCAGCCGCUCUUCCUCACAGACAAGUACGAUGACGGGCCCCUGAAGCUGACGCACUGGCAGUCGGAGGGCCGGGAGGCCAGCAUCAUCGUGGAGUUAGCCAAGCAGGCCUCCGUCCCGCUCUGCCUCCUGCUCACCUGGCUGCUCUCGCUCUGGACCUGGCUCUGCAGUUCCAGGCUUCUGAACCUACCGCCGGUGCGUCUUGUGUCCAGUAAAUUGUCCACCUGUGUGCAGUUGAGCUACAGAACGGAGCACCUUCAGACUGUGAGCUCCCCCAAGAGAGCUCUGGGCCACGCAGAAUUCAUGAGGAAAGCCAACAUCUUUGUGUCUUUCUUUGUGGACGUGGCUCUGGGACUGCUCCUCAUCUCCUGGCUGUAUCGGGAAAACCGAAUUAGCCGCCUCGCUAACACACUCGUGCCAGUGGCUGAUCGUGUUGCCAAGGAGCUACAGGAGCUACUGCAGUGGCUGAUGGGAGCUCCGGCUGGAUUUAAGAUGAACCGGGCUCUGGACGAAGUCCUUGGCCGGUUCUUCCUCUACCACAUCCAUCUGUGGAUCAGUUACAUCCACCUGAUGUCUCCCUUCAUUGAGAGUCUCCUUUGGUACAUGGGUCUCUGUGCGUGCUUGGGGUUGACCUUUGCCCUAUCUGUGCUGUCAGACAUUGUGGCCCUGCUCACCUUCCACAUUUACUGCUUCUAUGUCUACGGAGCCAGGCUGUACUGUCUGAAGAUCUACGGGCUGUCCUCUCUCUGGCGGCUCUUCAGGGGGAAGAAGUGGAACGUCCUGCGCCAGCGCGUGGACUCCUGCUCCUACGACCUGGACCAGCUGUUCAUUGGAACGUUGCUCUUCACCAUCCUGCUGUUCCUGCUGCCCACGACCGCUCUGUACUACCUCGUUUUUACCCUGCUCCGCCUGGUGGUGGUCCUGUUCCAGGGGUUGAUUCACCUGAGUGUGGACUUCAUCAACUCCUUUCCCCUGUUCGCCAUGGGCCUGCGGCUGUGCCGGUCCUACAGGCUGGCCGAGGGCGUUAAAUUCCGGGUGCUGUGUGAGGAACCUGGCAAACCCCUGCACCUACUGAUGGAGAUUAACCCCCUGCAGUAUGGCUCUGUGCUGCAGUGGUACAGAACUCCCACCUAUAACUGCUACCCCAAGGACUCCUGGGCGGCCCUGUGCAAGAAGCUGUUUGUGGGGGAGCUGGUGUACCCCUGGAGGCAGAAGGGCACUAAGACGGACUGAGUCCAGCGGGGGGCGCCACUGAGCCAUGCAUGGAGAAAGUUAAGUUGAGCUCACCAUUCAUGAAGCUGAGCAUUUAGGGAAGGAGUGGUGUUGGGUCUGGUCAUUUCUUUUGGCAUCCGACCGCUCGUGGAGUUGAAACCAGCACUGUGAAAACACCCAGCACUUGCAGCAGCACAACGGAAAGCUGCCUGAGAUUUCUCUCUUUUUUGAAGUGAAAUGAGAAUCUUCCUUUUCUCACACAGGGAUACGUAGCUCAGGACUGCACUGAUUCAAGCUGGUACACUGUCUUAUAUGUCUUGACAAGUUCUUAAUAUUUAUAUAAAUGUAUAGUAAGUAUAUAGUCCAAAAUAUACAGAGUACAUACUUUGAUGUCUCGGAAUAUAUAGCAUAUUAUAGAAAAUGAUGUGUAUUAUAUUGGGAGUAAUGAAGUAAUUCAAAUUUAGGUUGUAUAUUUUGGCACUUUUAAAGUGUAUUCCUUAGAUUUUUAAUGUUGAGUUUUAAUCUGUGUGGAUUAUUCAUUUGAUGUAGUGUGAUCUGAUUUUAAUCUUUAAAUAAUUUGCCUAAUAUUAUUAAACUGCUAAUAACGAGUCUUACUCUCCCAAUGUCUUAAAUGUCCAGGGGAGAUUUUUAAUGUAAUUGGUCAAAGUAUUUUAUGUAAUAGUUGAUGCGUCCAGCAUUUAUUUGCGUUUUGUUGUAAUGUAUGUCUGUUUUUUCUAUGCCAAUAAGGAGAUUGUACUUUCAAAUAAAAAUACGUUUUUGUGCCAAACUUGAACAUUCAGUCGAAUGUAAGCAUUGUCAUCCAGGACAAAUCACCCUUCGUUCCAGUCAAGUGGUCUGAAUGUGAAAACAGCAGUGGUCCAGUCGCAGACGAGCUCUCCAGAAUUGCUCAUUGUAACGUAAAACACUGACAGACUCACUUCUGUGCAAGCGAGGGAAAUCGCAGGAAAGGCCACAUGCUGUGUUGUACUCUCAUGAGUCAUUGCUGCAACCAUUAGGAGAGCUGCGCAUAGGUCAGUUCUGCUGCCAAUUAUAUACUAUUCAGUCAUUGCAAAUUGAUUUGUUACGGGGCGAAUGACUCUUGAGAAUUAUUAUGUUUUCCUUUGAUGCUUACUUUCUCUGUGGUGCGUGUUCACGUGCGUGAGUGUGUGUGUGUGUGUGUGUGUGAGAGAGAGAGAGACUUGGCAGCUUGAUUGAAUGAUUGCUGGGAAGCCUUACAUUCUCUUAAACUGACCAAAUCCAAUGAAUUGAUGAGAGUUUAUUACACUAUGAUGUUAUGAGAUAUUAUGGUCCAUCGUCUGCCUUGUUACUGACCCUACUUUGGAUGAAUUACAUUUGUUUUUGUCUUGGAUCCAUUUGCUGUAAAGCUCUGCUAUUUUUCCUUAAUUUUUGUGAUGGCUUAAUAAAUUUUCUCGUGAUUAAAAACCA